AUGUCUUUGAACCGUAACACUGACAAGGCUGUUAGUCUUCUGAGAGAAGCAGCUAGUUUGCUCGCUGGAGACCGAGAGUCUGACGACACGGCUGUUUCAACUGCAGGAAGAGUUGUUACAGGGACUGAAACAGUGGUGACGAACUCUGUAUCCAGUUCGAGUCAUGACCAAAACCGGGUGCUUCAAAAUUUCAGGUCACUGUUUUCUGGCUACCGAACAACUAACCCUGGUACCUCAACCUUUCCCAAAAGGUCAGAGUCGAAAUCUUUUCCUCCAGCGAAAAGAAGCCGGUCGUCACAUAGAGGAGGAUACUAUCGAGUUCGAGAGACCUGGACGCGGGAAUUCGUAUGUAUGGCGAACAAAGAUAGUCAAUCAGUACCAACUAAGGCAGAUAAAUUAACCCUGCUUGCAGCAGGUUUGGGCCGCAAGAAGCUAACGUUUGGAAACAGAGACGACGCUCCAACUUUCAAAAGAAAAAUGGAAGAUGCAUACCCGAAACUAAAAGAGGGUGGUGGAUUCGAACUACUCAGGAGUGGCGCAAGGCCAGGUGAGUUACUCCUUAUUAAGCCUCCUCCUUCUGGCUACACUGUUCCAUUUCUCAGGGAUGGAGCUGGGUUGGACCAGGCUCUUAUUUAUAUAAGGCCUAUUCAAGAAAACCUUGACGAGACUGAGGUGAAACAAGAAGUGGUGAGUCUGUAAUUAUGCAUUCAUCUAAAGCCCUGCAGGAUAGUUUCCCCCAGGUCUCCUUCCCCUGUGGGCACCUCCAACGCUAUCCUAAAAUUAUUCUGCAUAAGCACCCCAGGUAAUUAUUUGAGGAUUUACAGUAGUUAAAUUUAAUGAAUAGAAACUGCUCAAAGCUUCAAGUUCAACCCCAUAUGUUUAUUAUGCAUGCAGUAAUCUCAUACUAUUUCACAUAAAUAGUUUAAUAUGAACAUGCAUGCAUAAUAAAAUUAAUGUAUGGGGUUGUACGGAAAUCUUACCCUCCAAGUUAUCUGUCUUUAAACGUUGAAAUUAUUCUGUUAAUUUUCAGGAAGAAAGUGAUGCACUGGCUCUUGUUCCAUGUUUGGCUUGUGGAAAAUCAGUCUCAAUGUCAUUGCUCAGAGAGCAUCACCAGAAAUGUUCAGCACAAAGGUUU